CCCCGCGCUCAAAGCAGAAUCAAGGGCAGUACCUAAUUGAUCUCUCAAAUCGUGGCUUUGUGGGUCUCCAAUCGCCACUCUCCACUUGCCAGAGGAGAAGAGAAGAGGCGCGGCGGCGCGGAGGAGCGGUGGAGCGUUGCAUGGAUCGGCUUCUUGUCUUCUUGAGAAGAGGGGGAGGGAGAGUCGAGCAGGCGGUGGGACUGAGGAGGAGAGAAGAGGAGCGGCAGAGAAGAUCUGGGAUCAGGGCCAAUAUCACCAGGGAGCCGAGCUGGGAGCCCACGAUCUCCUCAAAGCCAAUCGCCAGGGAGCAGCGGUCGCGGUUUCCUCUUUGCUUUCUCCGGUCGACGUCGCCGGUCGACACUCGCAGUCGCCAUAGGUGAUAGGAGAAGAGGAGGAGCGGCGGGCAGAGAUGGGAUGGGGAACGGAAACGAUGAAAGCAAAGCCCUCCCCGAUGGCCAGACUAGGGGUUUUUCAUUUUUUUUUUUUUGGCCUUUAGCAAUUUUCAGUAUUCGAACGGUGACGUUUUCCUUCAAAUGAGCCUACCGCCGGUUAGACCAAAACCAGGCGGUUUUUUCGUUUGUACCGAUUAAGUCGGAAAAACCGGCCGGUAUGAUAUUUUGAAGCAAACCAGCCUACCGUAUCGUUAUUGGUCCGAUUUCCGGUUUUACCGGUUCAACCGGCUGGUACGAUCCGGUUUCCUUUACCAUGCCACAAACAUAGAACUGGUUGCACUGAUCGUCAACCAUCCCCUCUCCUUUGUAAGGCAGCUGCAGAUCCCAACCCCAACGAUUACCGACCCUCUGCACCGAUUUUCAUUGUUCACUGCCAAUUUCAUGUUACGGAUCGGCAACUCCAGCCCCACUGACGGAUUUGUGGAGUGCGAGUAGUGGCGGACCCAGAAAAUUUAUGUAGGGGUGUCCCUUUAUAAAAUUUCACUAAUUACCCUUUCAAAAAUUAAAUUAAAAUAAUAAUAGUAAAUUUUAAAAAAUUAU